AGAGCCAAAGAUGUUGGCUCGGUCAUGUGAUCAGCUGUGUCCAAUCACAACUGAUCACAUGGGACAUGUACACUGAUCAUCAGGGCACUGAUGAUCAGUGUGCCCUGAUGAUCAGUGUGGCCCCAGAAGUGCCACCUGUCAGUGCCAUGUGCCAGUGCCCAUCACUGACACGUGCCAGUACCCAUCAGUGCCACAUCAAUGCCACAUAUCAGUGCAUACCAGUGCACAUCAAUGCCACAUAUCAGUGCCCAUCUGAGCUGCCUUUCAAUGUCACCCAUCAGUGCCAGUCAGUGCCACCUAUCAAUGUCAAUCAGUGCCACCUAUCAGUGCUGCCAAUCAGUGCCACCUAUCAGUGCCAGUCAGUGUCGCCUAUCAGUGCGCAUCAGUGCCAUUCAGUGCCGCCUAUCAGUGCCAGUCAGUGCCGCCUAUCAGUGCCAUAUAGCAGU